AUGAAACUCUGCCAGGAUAUACCAUUAUCUCGUCGUACUAUAACAAGAAGAACGGAAGAUAUAAGCAAAUUUAUUAAAAUGUCAGCAAAAGAAAGAUUAAUUAAUUGCAAAUAUUUUUCGAUUUCUCUAGAUGAGAGUACGGAUAUCAAUAAUAUUUGCCUGUUAAUUAUUUGUAUUAAAACAGUUAAUGCAAAUUUAGAGUGCUUCGAAGAAAUGUUUGAAGUGGUUUCACUUCAUGGUCAUGUAACAGGACAAGUUCUGUAUGAUGCAUUAUAUGUUAAUGUUUUUGCAUUUGCUGACAAAAAUAAAUUAGCCUCAAUAUGUUCGGAUGGAGCAAAGGUAAUGAGAGGCAAAAAUAAAGGACUUUUGGGCAUUUUAAACAAAAAUGGAAUAAAUUGCCCAGCAUUCCAUUGUGUCAUACACCAACAAGCUCUUUUCUCCAAAGAGUUGGGUAUGAAAAAUACAAUGGAUGUUAUUGUAAAAAUAAUAAAUAUAAUAAGAGGGGGGCACAAUUCUCUGACACACAGAAAAUUUAAAGAUUUUUUAGAAAACCUUAAUUCGGAUUAUGGAGAUUUACUUUUAUAUACCGAAGUCCGUUGGCUAAAUCGAGGCAAAAGUUUGGAAAGACUUUUCCAUUUAAGAAAAGAAGUACUCGAAUUUUUAAAAACUUUAUCCAAUAAAGAUACAAAACACCUUACUAAUUGUCUUGAAAAUCCCGACUUUCUAUUAGAUUUCGCAUUUUUAUGUGAUAUUACCGAGAUAUUAAAUGACCUUAAUUUAUGCCUGCAAG